AUGGCCGACGCACUGGCCCACGGCGCUGACCCCGGGUGGGUCAACACCGCUGAGGAGAACCGCACCCCCCUGCUGCAAGCCGUCGCCGCGAACUCGCUGCUGGCUUGCGAGUUCUUGCUGCAGAACGGAGCCAGCGUCAACCAGAGCGACAGCCGCGGGCGGGGGCCGCUGCACCACGCCACCGUGCUGGGACAUACUGGCCUGGCCUGCCUGUUCCUGAAGCGGGGGGCUGACGUGAACGCGGUGGAUGCAGAGGGCAAGGACCCCCUCACCAUUGCCAUCGAGCUGGCCAAUGCCGACAUCGUCACCCUGCUGCGGCUGGCCAAGAUGCGGGAGCUGGAGGCGGCCCAGGGGCAGACUGGCGACGACACCUACCUCGACAUCUUCCGCGACAUCUCCCUCAUGGCCUCUGACCACCCCGAGAAGCUCGCCCGCCCCCACCACAAGCUCACCACCCUCUAG